GCAGCAGUCAGCGCGCUACACUUUUGGGAGGAUGGAUGGAGCGGGCUCGUUUGGUGCGGGCCGAGCCGGUUCGGCCUUUGAUCUGCUUGCGUUCGUCAAACAACCACAGACAAUCCUAAGAGUACUGGCAUGGAUCUUCUCCAUGGUGGUCUUUGCUUCUAUAAUAAAUGAGGGCUAUGUGAAUAUGGGCAGCGAGCGACUGCACUGUGUCUUUAAUAAGAACGCAGACGCCUGUAACUAUGGCAUCACUAUAGGAAUUGUGGCUUUCUUAGCCAGCGUCUUCUUUCUGGCCCUGGACGUGUACUUCCCCCAGAUCAGCAGUGUCAAAGACAGAAAGAGAGCAGUGCUGUUGGAGAUGGUUUUUUCAGGAUUUUGGACGUUCCUUUGGUUUGUAGGAUUCUGCUUUUUGGCCAAUCAGUGGAGCCAUACGUCCCCUAAGGAGCUGCCGCUGGAGCAGGCGUCAGACGCGGCACGAGCAGCUAUUGCCUUCUCUUUCUUCUCCAUCCUUACCUGGGCGGGCCUUACGGUGUGUGCUGUUCAGAGGUUCCUGCUGGGUACGGACAUGACACUGUUCUCCACCGAGCCCAUGGACGGCCAGGCACCCAAGCAGCCGUACCCCUCCAAUGAUGUUAUCGGUCAGACUACCAUCCCUGUCAACGCUUACCAGAGUCCACCGCUCAUCGAGACCGUGGAGACCCGCCCCCCUGGAUACAAUAUCCCGCCUGCGUUUUAGUCCACAACCAAUCAGAAGACAAGGAAUAUAGCAGCGCUAAAGGACUGAGUAUAGACUGCCGUCAAUGUUAGCUAAAUGUAUUGUAUCGUAUCGCAUUUUAGUAACAAGGUGGCGAGGGGAAGAUGCUCACCUCUGUAGUCCGCACUAUAAUACAGAAUUAAAUGAUAAUGUAGUCUCUCGUUAACCUGAGCAGAAGUGGAUGUUUUGGGACAUUGAUUGUCAUUGCCUACCCAAACAUUUUACAUUUACAGUCAGCAAUGAAUUAUUGUCAAAACCACAAUGUGCUAUUUAUUUAGUAAAGCAUUUUAUUAUCAUUACUCUUUAUCUAAAGAAAUGAAAAAUAAUUAAAGGUGCACUAGGUAAUGCUUUUGGUCACUUUUGCCAUGGUAAAAAAUAAUUUGUGACCGAUUAUAAAAUGAUUAUUUAUUAUAAUAUUUAAAUAAUAUAAAUUAUUAUAAUGAAAAAGAAUAAAAGGUAAGAGUUAAAACUUUUUUCCAGUUGCAAAAGAUACCUAGUGCACCUUUAAGUAUGAUAAAGAAAAUACAUUAUACUUUAUUAUUUUUUUGUGUUUCUGAUUAUUAAAUAGCAUCUUGGCUUAGCUGAUUGACAACUGUACCAAACGAUACAUCACAUCAAUGUUUACUGCUGUUAAACCAGUGCUGUCCACGUCAUUUGUGUCAAAAUAUGUUUUUGUUAAGAAAGAAUUAGCAAAUUUUGUUUUUAAAAGUACUUAUGUCACUAUCAAGAGAGAGAGAGAGAGAGAGAGAGAAAUAAUGAGAAAUGGUCAGAGGAUGAGCAAAUGAGUGUGUGUCUCUGUCUCUCUCAGUGUGUGUGUGUGUUUGAUGAUGGACUUUAGGAGCAGUCGGAGACAUUCCAGAUGAGAUAACUGAGAUUACUGGAACAGACUGUUUACUUUAACAAGCAUACUUGUGCAUAUGUGUGUAUGUGUGUGUGAGUGAGUGUGUGUGUGUGUGUGUGUGUGUGUGUGUGUGUGUGUGUGUGUGUGUGUGUGUGUGUGUGUGUGUGUGUUUGCUCUAAUUCCGUCUAAUUGCAUGAUAUGAUAAAAUGCCACAAAUUCCCCCUGAAGCAGAGAGGUAACUGUUAUAUUUUGUUAAUGGAAGAAGUUACAGUGGUUAUCAAAGUCUUUAAGGUGGCAUAUACAGUACCAUGAGGUCCUGAAUAAAGAUGAGCCAGUACAGUGAACCAGACUGCUGGAUGCCA